CGGGCGCAGUGGGCUGGUACCGGAAGUGACGUCAUAGGGAGGUCUCCGCCCUGUUGUUGUUGUUGCUUCUGUCAUCGUUCGGUAACAUGAAGUGGAUGUUUAAAGAAGAUCACUCGCUGGAACACAGGUGUGUGGAGUCAGCGAAAAUUCGGGCCAAGUAUCCAGAUAGGGUUCCGGUGAUUGUGGAAAAAGUGUCUGGCUCUCAGAUUGUGGACAUUGAUAAACGGAAGUACUUGGUUCCAUCUGACAUAACUGUUGCUCAGUUCAUGUGGAUAAUUAGAAAACGGAUUCAGCUGCCAUCAGAAAAAGCCAUCUUCUUGUUUGUAGACAAGACUGUUCCCCAGUCCAGCCUAACCAUGGGACAGCUGUAUGAGAAAGAAAAAGAUGAAGAUGGCUUUUUGUAUGUGGCUUACAGUGGAGAAAACACAUUUGGUGUUUAAUGUAUUUGCAGCUUGUGUAUCCUGUAAAUAACUGUUUUCUGUUCUGAUCAUGCAUAACUGCCCACCUUGUAGUUUAGGUGCAUCAAAUCCGAUAUUUCAGUUAUACAGAAGUAUUGUUUUUAAUGUGUUAGACUAGUAAUUUAAUGUGACAGGUUUUUUUUGUGCUUGAAGGAUGAUUAUGUAAUUCAAUUUUUUCUAUACUGGAAGUAGUGGUUGGAUAACUGAAACCAUGUCUAAAGAUUAUUAUGGAUUUAGUUAUAACCCCUUUGCUUCCAGAAAGGCAGGCAAGGGGUUAACAGAUAAUUUGCUGAGUAUAUGGAGAUAAGACUAUUAAUAAUUAAUAUUGUUAACCAGUAAUUAUCUUGUUAACCAUAUCUAAGGUAUUCAAUUUUAAAUAAAAUGUUCCAAUAAAUUAUUUGCAAAGCUUA